AGACGAUAUGGCCGACGAGAACCAGCUCGAUGGGAUUGCAGACCUUACCAGCAAGGCCAAGGGCAGUUUGGGCCAAAACAUCGGACAGCUGCAGCAGCUGAUGAUGCACAGCGGCGAAUUCAAGAAAGCCGCUAAAUUCUUCGAUACUGUACCAGAAUUGCCCGCAGAAGAAGGCAGAAACUUCUUAAAGAUGAUGGAGCACAUCAAACAUGCAUGUGACAGCUAUGGCCAGGUUUUGGGAGGGGCGCGCAGAUAUGUCAUUUCUGCAAAGGCCUUUUCCAAAGACACUGUCAACUUCACAACUGACGUCCAAAAGGACGACCUGGAGCCGGGUGACAUUGAAGAUGUUUUCAGUGAUUUCACAGACAGCAUCGAUAAGAUGAAAGAAAGCAGCAGAGAGGUCGAGGCCCUGAAAGAAAACUUCAAAAGUGUUUUGAUGAGGCUCAGGACUGCCCAGGCAGAGGCAGAAAGUGAGAGAGUGCGUGGAAAGGAAAAGGCUGGCAGUAAACGCCCACACGCAGGAGCCACUUUUCUUGGCACAAUUGCGAGCUUUCUGGGUAUCGAAUUCCCUUUCAAGUCUUCAAAUGAUGCGGAAACGAGCAAGGAGUGGGAAGAGGCCCUCGAUUCUGUGCUCCGCCGACUGGACGAAGUCUAUUCCAUUUUAGACUCCAUGAGAGACGAGUGCACAAGCGCAUUGGACCAGCUGUCCCACGGCAUCAAGGGCAUCGUGGACAAAUCCAAGGCAAUGGCAGACUGGAAAAACCCUGCAAAAAGCAAACACAUGAAAGAGAAGUGCAUCCGACUGGGUGAGGAAUCGGCGGAGCUGGAGAGAGCCUGCAUCGAGUACAUGAGGGCAGAUGACAAAAUUCGCGGGAUUGCUGGAGCCAUGAACCGGCUCAGCAUGGAAUAG